CUUUGACUUCACCUACAGACUUUUUACUUCUUCAUGCUGAAAAUUUUAAAAUGUCGGUGCGCCAUUUGAUCAGCUGGACUACGCACAACUCUGUCACUGGGUAGACCCUUGAUGUGAGAUGGGGCUCAAAAGUCCAGAGUCAAGGCACCGCACCACCAGCGACGUCAGUCAGCGUCAGGCUCGACGUCAUAUGAGAUGCUACGUAUAAGAAGAGUGCUUGGUCUAUCUUUUAUCUUUCACUGAACUUCAUUCCAACCACCAAUAAAACCUAAACUUUGUCCAACGCGCUCUAAUCCACUAAGAUGGCGAAAGACUGCACUUGCAUCGGUAACUGCGGCGCAUGUGGCCCCUCGGGCACCGGCUGUCCUUGCCCCAAGAACAGUUGCGACUGCGAUAACUGUCCCAAUAAGCAACACGCUUCGCAGUGCGAGUGCAAAGGUACAGGUGACAACUGCAACUGUACCAAUCAAUCAUGCGGCUGCGCAACGAAGUAGUCGUCUUGAGGAUCUACAUGAUGAUAGACUCUUCAGAAGAUGUCGUCAAGCAUUCAGCCCCUUUUAUUAUGCGACGACCAACAAUGUACCAGUGCCGCAUAAUGUUGUAUAACUACCAAACCAUUUCCUUUUGAUUUUUGGGACUGCCUCAUCGCGACAUUGUCUCCUUUAAUAU